UUCCCGGUUGAUAAUUUUGAAAAUUAUAAAUGUAAUGAUAUGAUUGGUAAAAAAAUAUCAAGGGUGCCUUGUUGAGUCAUCAACGAUCAAUUAUUAGGGAGCAUCCAUUUGAUCAUAAAAAUGAUGCAGAAAAGCUUAGAAAGGCAAUGAAAGGAUUUGGAACUGACGAAGAUACCUUAAUUGAUAUAAUUACUAAGAGAACAAAUAUACAGAGACAACAAAUUGCCCAAAUUUAUAAAGGAUUAUAUAACAAGGAUUUGUAUCAAGAAAUCAAAAGUGAAGUUUCUGGAAAAUUAGAAAAGGUAUUGCUAGCACUUCUUACACCACCUGAUGUAUAUGAUGCUCAAUGUCUGAAUGAUGCUAUAAAAGGUUUAGGGACGAAUGAAUCUAUUCUGAUAGAAAUUCUGUGCUCCAGAACUCCUCAACAAAUUAUUCGGAUUAAGGAAGCUUAUAAAAGAAUAUAUGGAAGGGAUCUUGAAAGGGACGUGGCCGGUGAUACGUCAGGCGAUUUGGAAAAAAUAUUAUUGGCACUUUGUCGAAGUCAAAGGGAUUAUUCUAACAGAGUGGACGGAAAUAAGGCACAACAAGAUGCUCAAAGACUUUUCAAGGCCGGAAUAAAUAAGUGGGGAACUGAUGAGGGUUUGUUUGUGGAUAUUUUUACUUCCCAAAAUCCUUCCCAGCUCAAUGCCACCAUGCAAGAGUAUCAAAGGUUAACACACCAGGAUAUCGAAACAUCUAUCAACAGUGAAAUGGGAGGAAAAUUUAAAAAGGCUUUUUUGACUCUAAUCGAAUGCCUUAGAUAUCCCGCAUCCUAUUUUGCUAAAAGAUUGCAUGAAUCAAUUCAAGGCUUUGGAACGAAAGACGAGGAUUUAAUCCGCAUAAUUGUGUCUCGAUCCGAAGUAGAUUUAGCGCAAAUUAGGCAAGAUUUUCGGAGAAUAUACAAUAAAUGCUUGGAGACAUUUAUAAAGGAUGACACCAGUGGCGAUUAUGAAAAAAUUUUAUUAGCUCUCGUUGUUGGGAACUAGGAAGAAAAUUUUUUCAUUCAAUUCCAAUCAAAAUUAUUUAUACAAUUCCUUUUUUUAAUAAACCAUUAAUCCUAAUGGGUGUGAUUACUUUUUAUAAUUUCAAUCUGGAAAAAAACACUUUAUUAUUGAUUUGAAGGCAAAAAAUAAUUUUUCAAACAUCUUA